UUGAAAUCACAGAUGCUCCUGAGGAGAUAAGCCUUUCGAUGGCAGAACCUCAUAAGCCUAAAAUCAAAAGUUGCUGUGACUUUACUUGUAGAGAAAUCUGUGCUACACAUGAGAAAAUGCACACUGGCAAAAAACCUUAUGAAUGUAACCAAUGUGGAAAGGGUUUUACAAAAAGAGGAACCCUAACAAUACAUCAAAGAAUCCACACUGGAGAGAAACUUUAUGAAUGUAACCAAUGUGGAAAGACUUUUAGACAAAAGGCACAUCUUAAUGUACAUCACAGAAUCCACUCUGGAGAGAAACCUUAUGAAUGUAACCAAUGUGGAAAGGGUUUUACUGAAAGGAAAACUCUUACUGAACAUCAGAGAGUCCACACUGGGGAGAAACCUUAUGAAUGUAACCAAUGUGGAAAGACUUUCAGCUAUAAGGAAUCACUUACUGUACAUCAGAGAAUCCACACUGGAGAGAAACCUUAUGAAUGUAAACAGUGUGGAAAGACUUUUAGACAAAAGGCACAUCUUAAUGUACAUCAGAGAAUCCACUCUGGAGAGAAACCUUAUGAAUGUAACCAGUGCGGAAAGGCUUUUAGACGAAAGGGGCUCUUACUGAACAUCAGAGAAUCCACACUGGAGAGAAAUCUUAUGAAUGUAACCAAUGUGGAAAGACUUUUAGAUACAAAGGAGUUCUUACUGAACAUCAGAGAAUCCACACUGGGGAGAAAUCUUAUGAAUGUAACCAAUGUGGAAAGACUUUUAGACAAAGGGGAGUUCUUACUAAGCAUCAGAGAAGCCAUGUUGGGGAGAAACGAUAUGAUUGUAACCAAUGUGGAAAGGCUUUUAGACGAAAGGGAGCUCUUAUUGAACAUCAGAGAACCCACACUGGAGAGAAAUCUUAUGAAUGUAACCAAUAUGGAAAGACUUUUAGAUAUAAGGGAGUUCUUACUGAACAUCAGAAAACCCACACUGGGGAGAAAUAAGUAAUUGAUAUGGAAAGGCUCUAGUAGAAAAUGCUGAUUGGUUUUUGCCAGAUUAGUGAGGAAAUGUAAAGGCAUUAAAAUAAGGAGGAAAAUGAAUUUGUUAAAGAACAUUGGGAUGCUAGCUUUGGCGAUUAGAGUUGAGAAAGAGAUUAAAGGAAUUAGAGUAGAUGAUGAGGAAACCAAAUUAUCACUAUUUGCUGAUGAGUAUACUUAGAGAACCCCAGAGAUUCUACUAAUAAGUUAUUAGAAAUAAUCCAUAAAGAACAUUGGGAAAGAUCAGUCUACAGAAGUCAUGCAGAUCCCUUGUAUAAGAAGGUCUUUCUUCUAAUGACUUGUUGGACUUUGUACUUCUGAAUUGAAUUGUUCGAUGUAACUGCUACUGCUUUGAGGCAGUAGCCAUGGCUUUUUUUUGUUUUGAUUUGGUUUGGUUUUCAAUAGUUGAUGUCUGAAUCCUUUCCUUUGUAA